AUGUUCCAUGUUCUCCUUUUCUCCGUCUUAUUCGUAUUCCCUAUUCCAUCCACAUCAGAACAUUGUGAUCAAUCUAUUCUAUUAUCACUCUUCAAAUGUUCCGAUAUUGCUUCCAAUCUGACAAUUCAACUCCAGAAAUUAAAAGAUAUGCCGCCGGCGAGUCAAAUGGGAAUAUAUGUGGAUAUGUGUGAAUCUUAUUUGUUUUGUCUGGAAAAAAUCGAGUGUCCAGAUGCUCAAAAACACCUGCAACCAAGAGAGAAAGCGGUCACUUCAAUGUGUAAUGGAAUGAAGUUUAUGGCAGGUCCAUUUGGGAAAUGUGUCGAAAAGCUUCGUUCCAACAGUCCAUCUCUCAAAAAGUAUCCAUGUGCAAGACAUCUCGUUAAUAAGGUCGGGCGGCCUGGAAACUGUGAAAUGUAUCAAAAAGAAAACGAAUGCACUCAGAAUCUUGUGAAGGAUCAGUGUGGAAUCGAGGCAUUGGACGAGUUGGAAACACAUAAAUCUUAUAUUUUGAGUCAAAUGCAUUGUAAAUAA